AAUCAUUUGAACCCGGAAGCCUGAAGUUACAGUGAGCUGAGAUUGCGCCAGUGCACUCCAGCCUGGGCAACGGAGCAAGACUCUGUGUCAAAAAAAAAGAAAAGAAAAGAAAAGAAAACCAGCGUACCUUCAUAUGAGCAUAGUUAGAAUUCCACAAGAUAAUGCUGGGUAAAGGGCCUGUCUGGACACUUACUGAGUGCUCAAUAAACCUCAGCUGUAAUUCUUUGUUUUUUCUUUUUUUUAUAAAUAAAUAGAGACGAGGUUUCACCAUAUUGAUCAGGCUGGUCUUGAACCCCUGACCUUGUAAUCCACCCGCCUUGGCCUCCCAAAGUGCUGGGAUUACAGGUGUGAGCCACCACGCCCGGCCCUCAGCUGUAAUUCUUAGUUGUUAAGGCUGCAGUGGCUUUAUGCCCAGAGCAGCACAGGAGCCCAGAGGAGCAGCACGCCUAAGCCAGCCUGUGGGGAAGAGACUGGGGAAGCCUUCCUCAAGGGAUCAGACCCACGCUGAGUCUUCAAAGAAAAGUAGAGCUUAACUUAAAAAGGGAAGGGAGAUGCAGGUGAAGGAAACAGAAUGAGAAAAGGCAUGGAGUUGAGGCUGGAGGCCGGAACUUGUCUGCAAGGAUUCGAAGGUUGGACUGAUCUAUCCUUUUGGGGGGAUAGGUAUCAAUAUCCUAAUUUCAUAGACCAGGAAACAUUCUCAGAGAGAGUCACUUGACCGCAGAGCGGGUAAGGAUCCUCCGUUACUUCUUUGAGUUACAGAAGAGGAAACUGAGACUCAGAGAGGGCAGUGUCUUGCCCAAAUUGCACAGCAAGGAGAGAGGAGUAGAGGUGGGAUUAGAACCUUGGUCUCCUGUCCCUCUUCCCAGUGUUCUUUCUAUGCCAUCUCACCUCCUCCCAACCCCACACACUUCUUCCCUCCCACUGGGAGCCCCAGCCUCCAUCUGCCCUCACUUUCCUCACCCGCAGAUUCUCUGCUGACUUGCAGAUGAUUCUGGGAAAAGUUUGCAGAGAUUCCAGCUUUUGUGUCCCCCGAGAGUAAGAUUAAAUCCACACAAAAGAAGCGUUAGUCAACAGCCUGUGCUCCACCUCUCCCCAGCUUGGAUCUCCGCCGUAUUCCUGCGAAGACCAAAAACUUCUUUCCUGCCAGCACCUGUGGAGGCUGCGCUCCCUCUUCCCACUCUCUGUGCCUGCCCUAUUUCUCUGGACUGUGCUGAGAAUCUGGGGGAGUGGAGGGGGACCAGCAGAGAGAGCUGGAGACUGUCACUGGGGAAGGACAGAAGCCUUUUUGGUAGAGGAGUUGGCAGAAACUUCUGGCUCUGCACAUUUUGAAAUAACAAUAGCAGUAAUAUGUGUGAAACUACCCAGUGAUAGAGGUGACAUAUGUUCUGUCCCUCCCCUGCAGAAAACUCAGGAAUAGUCCCCUGUGGUUGUCCCCUCCCCUCUCAACAUGUCGGCCACAAAAGCUCAGGAUCGCACCAGCAGGAUGCUGUUAUCGGAGCGACGUUGGACUUUCCAAUCGUCCUCACUCACUCCAGAUCUGUCCUGUGAAUUGUGAUACGGAGGCUGGGCCCUGGGAAGCUUUACCGCGACUUUUAGAAUCUCACUCCUCUGGGCCAGCGGGGAUGAGGUUGCGCUGCACUCCGGUAGUACCGAUGGCGUGACGGGUCCCGCGCGGAGCAGCGACGCCGAGGGUCGGGGCGCAAGGCCUCACGUGGGCGUCCUCCUUGCAGCUGCGCGGCCAUCCCGCUCCUCCGCCCCGAGCCAUGAAUCUCAGCAGCACCAGCAGCACGGAGGAAAAGGCAGUGAAGACGGUGCUCUGGGGCUGCGAGCUCAGUCAGGAGAGGCGGACUUGGACCUUCAGACCCCAGCCGGAGGGGAAGCAGGGCUGCAGGCUGUUGCUUCAUACGAUUUGCUUAGGGGAGAAAACCAAAGAGGAGGUGCAUCGCGUGGAGAUCCUGCCUCCAGGAAACCGAGAGGACAAGAAGACGCAGCCGGUCACCAUUGCCUCGUUCCAGGCCUCAGUCCUCCCCAUGGUGCGCCUUUCCCUGCUGGCUGGAAAACUGCAACCAGCCCCAGCCUCACACUCACCCUUUGGCGGGAAUGCACACACACGAGGGUACAUUCACCCUAUAGAAGUCAGCUGUGUCAGGGAGGCAGCACAGCCCAUGCAAAGAGCUGGGGUCUAGCCCAGCUCACUCCUUCCCAGAGCUGUGUUACCUUGGACAAGUUAAGCUGUCUGCAAAAAUUACACUUCAAACCAUGGGUCCCCCACCACCCCGCCAAGGACCAGAACCCUUCCGUGGCCUAUUAGGAACUUGAUGGCACAGCAGGAGGUGAGCAGCUAGCUAGCUGGCAUUAUGCCUGAGCCCAGCAUCUGAUCAGAUCAGAAUGACAUUAGAUUCUUUUGGGAGCAUGAACCCUAUUGCAAGCUGUGCAUGAAAGGGGUCUAGGUUGCAUGCUUCUCAUGAGAAUCUAAUGCCUGAACCGAGACGGAGCAGUUUCAUCCAGUCCUGUGGUUUUCAAGACCACCUAAACAAAGACUCAGAAACCUAUUUCUGUAAACCCACCCUCUCUUGAGCUCCAAGUCCUAUAUCCAACUCUGUGUCUUUAAUAGAUAUAUAAUAAAUAUCCCAAACUUAACAUGUCUAAA